AAUAAUUACUCCGUGAGUAUUAUUGAUAAAAUAAUAAUAUUUAAUUAUUGGAAGAAUUCAGAAGCACAUCAACACUUGCUGAUUACUCUGUAAGUAAUUUGAUCUAAAAACUUUGAAAAAUAAUUAAUGAGUUUUAUUAUUUUAAAAAGUAAAUAAAUAUACCAUGGAUGCAUGACAAAUCGUGAGAAUAAUUAAUUGAUCUAUUGAUUGAUUGGGAUUAUUCAAAGUUUAUAUUUAAAGAGAAGACAUGGUUAUUGAAUUACAAUAUUUAUUUGUAUGGGAAAUGUUAAUAAGAACAAAUUAGAGAAAUAUUCUAGAUCAAUGACAUAACAAGGAAAUGAGAGAUAGGAGAAUCGCAAGUUUAAGAGUAAUUCAUCAACUUCAUGUACGUAUUUACAUAUAAACGAUUUCAUAUAAAUAUUUAUAUAAAAACGAAAUUAAUGGAUAUACCUACGUAUAUCAUCAAUUCAUCAAUGAUUAUUAAGAAAAAUAAUAAAUAAAAAUGUUAUUAAGUUAUAACAUGAACAUUAAGGUGUAUGUGCUGAUUGUAGCAUCGUUAUCAUCGCAUUUGCGCGUCAGGAGAGGUGUUGCCACUCUCGCAUGGACCUGGGAGAAUGCCCCCAGAUUCACGACUUAGCCCUGCGAGCUGACUAUGAGGCUGCGCAGAAAAAGAAAGACCACUUUUAUGAUAUUGAUGCAAUGGAACAUCUGCAAAAUUUUAUUGCUGAUUGUGACCGUCGAACCGAGCAAGCUAAACAACGUCUUGCUGAAACUCAAGAAGAGUUGAGCGCCGAAGUUGCCGCGAAAGCCAACAGCGUUCAUGUAUUGGCCGAAGAAAUCGGAAAAAAAUUGGCGAAAGCUGAGCAGCUGGGUGAAGAGGGUUUCGUCGAGGAAUCCAUGAAGCUGAUGGGUGAGAUUGAUGAAUUACGUAAGCGUAAAAAUGAAGCUGAACAAGAGUAUAGAAAUAGCAUGCCAGCAUCGAGUUAUCAGCAACAAAAGUUGCGUGUUUGCGAGGUGUGCAGCGCUUACUUAGGAAUACACGACAACGAUCGACGACUCGCUGACCACUUUGGUGGUAAACUUCAUUUGGGAUUCAUCAAGAUCCGUGAAAAGUUAGCGGAACUUGAGAAAACAGUUGAGGAAAGACGCAGAGAGAAACGCGAGUCGAUGAUGGACCGUGACCGACAUCGCGAUGACCGUGAUCGCGAUCAUCGUGAUUUGAGGAACGAUCGUGGGCGUGGUGGACUUGGAUAUCGGGAUCGCGAACGUGAUCGUGACCGCGAUCGUGAUCGCCGUGACCGUGAUCGCAGACGCUCGCGGUCACGCAGUCGCAGCCGUGGUAAAAGGUCUCGACGAUCCCGCAGCGACAGUCGGGGUCGUAGAUCCCGUUCACGACGAAGUGGAUCCAACGAUCGUAAACGAUAAACCCGCGUAUUUCUUGAACGGAGUAAUUUAAUAUUUUAUUAAUUAUAAUAAUAAUACUAAUAAACUUUACUAGGACAUCACACGACAGUGACACGACUGGAAUAAAAACUUGGUAGUACAGAUUGUAUUAAACUAAACUUUUUGUAUAAAACUUCGUCAUAGGUCCUCGGAUAAUAAAUUUUAAAAUACACAGCAUGUUCUAGAUUGUCCACUAUGAUGGCAACAAACGUAAUUUCACGCGUAUAAAAUUUUAAUUAUUGUAAUUUCAGUUUUUAAUUAAUAUUUAAUAAUAAUCAAUCGGUUAUCGGUUAAAUUAAUUACUAUUAAUAUAAAUUAUACCUUUAAUAUAGUACGAGGUUAAUUAAGACGUGCCUGGACGAUGUCAUUUUUUUUUUUUAUAUAUUUUUCGUAUUUUGAAAAGAUAAAUUAAAUUAAUAGGCGGUUAUUGUUUCAUAUGGAUUUUUCAAGAUAUCGUAAACACACAACACGGACUUGUGCGGCUAUUUACGUGAGUACGUA